UAUAAGUACGACUGCAUGAUCGCAGCUUCUGUAAGAAAAACCCCUUUUCAUAGCUGAAUCAAUGGCGACUUCACUAGAAACACAGCACCCCAUCAAGGCUCUUGGAUGGGCUGCUAAAGACUCAUCUGGCGUUUUGGCUCCUCUCAAGUUCUCAAGAAGGGCAACUGGUGAGCAUGAUGUGCAAUUCAGAGUUCUUUAUUGUGGUAUCUGCCAUUCUGAUCUUCACUUGGCCAAGAAUGAGUGGGGUGGCACCAUUUAUCCCUUGAUUCCUGGACAUGAGAUUGUGGGAGAAGUAACUGAGAUAGGUAGCAAAGUAAAGAAAGUAAAGAUUGGGGACAAAGUAGGCGUUGGAUGCUUGGUCGGAUCGUGUCGCCAGUGUGAGGAAUGUGCUAACAAUCAAGAAAGUUAUUGUCCGAAGCAGAUAAUCUCAAUCAACAGUCGUUACUAUGAUGGUACAGUGACAUAUGGAGGUUUCUCAAACCUCAUGGUUGCUGACGAGUACUUCAUCCUUCGUUGGCCCGACAACUUGCCCCUUAAUUGUGCUCCACUUCUAUGUGCCGGCAUUACAACUUACAGCCCGUUGAAGCGUUUUGGACUUGACAAACCUGGUGUGAAUGUUGGGGUUGUCGGUCUUGGGGGCAUUGGGCAUCUCACUGUGAAAUUUGCCAAGACCUUUGGGAGUCGGGUGACGGUCAUCAGUACAUCUGCAAAUAAGAAGAAGGAAGCAAUCGAAACUUUUGGUGCUGAUGAGUUUUUGGUUAGCCAUGACCAAGAGCAGAUGCAGGCUGCUGCCGGCACAUUGGAUGGAAUCAUCGAUACCGCCUCUGCAAAUCACUCCCUUCUACCAUUGAUAAAUCUGCUGAAGCCCCACGGCAAGCUUAUCUUGAUUGGUGCUCCUCAAAAACUCGAGGUGCCUGUUUUUCCCCUGCUUCAAGGUGGGAAGUGUAUAGUCGGGACGGCCUGCGGAGGACUCAAAGAGACGCAAGAUAUGCUUGAAUUUGCAGCAGAGCACAAGAUACUACCCGACGUUGAGGUGAUACCGAUUGACUAUGUCAACAAGGCCAUGGAGCGUCUUGAGAAAGGCGAUGUAGAGUACCGGUUCGUUAUUGAUGUCGGGAAUUCGUUGAAGGCUGAGUGAUCAUAUUGUCGUUGUGGAGUUGUUAUAUUGUCUCUGUUGGUCGCUCUUCUACCAUUUUAUCUAUAGACUACUGCGUGGUCGAUUAUCCCCGUGAGAAUUUAAUAAUAAUUUAUCAUUUCUUAA